UCUAUCUAUGAGACUCCAGUCAGUCAUUGUGGCUCGAAUUCGGCCAAGAUGAAGCUGCUGGUGCCCUGCACAGCACUCUUGUGCUUGUUGGUCCCCGCAACAGCCCAGAAAGAUCUUGAUAUAAAAGCGAUCCUCGGCAGAAUCAAGCUCGAGCUUCUCGGGGGUACCUUCACGGCACGAGCUGAAGCCACUUACGCCGAACGAGGAGUAGCGAAAGCCACCUACUCAAUCGCUGAAUAUCACGAUGGCUCCUCCGGAAUGCAUUCGCUUGAAGUUAGAUGCCCGAAAUGCUCGAAGGAGAUUUCCAGCGUCAGGAAAUUCUACAAUCAAAACCUGAAGACCGGACAAGUAGUGAGCGUGAACGCUGAGCUCGAGUGCCAAGUCCAGAAUGUCUCAGAUGCCGCAGCAGCGAGAGAUCCGUUUGUCUUCAAAUCAAGGGACGCCUUGGAACCCGAGUAUUUCCUCGGCCCCUCAGCGAUAAUUGUUGAGAUGCCAAUGGACGGCAAGUGGGAAGCAACUCCAGGCGACAACGUUCGCGGAAUCCGGACCUACGUCUACUCCAACUUGGACAGCAUUGGUGCGGAGGAACGAACUAUCUACGUCUCGUUCGCCGUCAACUGGGAGUUGAAUAAAUUGUCGCGGAGCGAUGUGCCCUUCCCGGUGCGGGUGACGAUCGAACAUAAGGAUAAUGUGACGUAUCUAUUCGACUUCUACCAAGUGGAAGAUCUUUUGCCUGAAGAAGCUUUCCGUCUAGGAAACAAUCUGCAGCUACCCUUCGGAACAACUGGAUGCAAGCUCCCCGAAUCACAGCUCAAACCCGCGGUUCUCGGAACAGCUUUCUCUUUCACUUCCGCAGUCAACGGAGAUCUCGGCGGACAGUCGACGAAGGAGUACUUCAGUCUGGAGGAUCGCCUGUACCGAGCCGACGGAGCUGAUGGCCGUACCGUCAUUCACGACGAUACCCACGGAUUGAUUUACUCUAUCGGAAACGGCUGUGAGGCCAGACCGAAUGAGGACUUCAACAAAAUCGCACUGUCAAGUGGUUCAACUAACCCCGGAGCGCGAGUCAUCCAAGCUUAUCAGAGCUUCUCCAAGAAAGUCUAUAUCGGUGAAGGCUUCGUUCGUGGCAUACCGGUCGAUAUCUGGGAUGCCGAGGCCGCGGAUGGCAAUUUCAAGAGGGCUCGCUUCUUCUUCGCCAAAUCCUUUCUCGUGAUCUCCGCGAACGGCAACACAAUGAGUCAGCCUCUGCUGAAAGCGAUGAUUCUCGACUCUCUCGAUCACGACGACGUACUCGAUGUAGACAUCUAUGAUUUCGUCUCGAGUACAGGCGACUUAGACUUCCGGAAGAAUUUCAACAUCGAGGACUGCGUCGAAGCCUCGAUGUUCAUUGAGAUCGUUUACCAAGUCCCAGACAAUAAGACGUUCAAUAUCGAGGAGUUCAAGUAUUCCAACGCUCCGAACGAGUUGAUCGAAUCGGCCGAGGAGGCUAUCCGAGAGUCCGUCGCGAUAUCCCCUCUCCAACUACCCUCAUUCAAGGCUGAAGUCGUCGACGAGCGCACGGUUAAGGUCUACGCGAAAGUUCUCGCUCCGCCGCCCUACCAUAAAUCAUUCACGAUCCGCGAGGAGCCCGUAAAGCAUUACAAGGGUCCUUCGAGGAGCUCUUCGAACGCUGAAGAUUGCGCUCGAGAGUGUAUUGGAAAGAAGUGCCCGACUUUCCUGUUGUGCGGAGAGAAUACGUGUCAGCUGAUGAACAGCACCUUACCUUCCGGUUGGGGAGACGAGGAGACACUUUCCGAGAAGGAUUGCUAUGUCUACGACCAUGUCGCCGUUGACGAGGACAGGGUUCGCAAAUCGUUGGAUCAGAUUUCGUACUUCUUGGAGCGGCUCAUCAUGUUGACUGAGCCAGAAUUCAAACCAAAAAUCUCAGUGGGCCAAGGCGUAUCUGUGGUCCUACAAGCGAACAAGUUCUACGGCCAUCUUACGCAAUUCAACAAGCAAGGAACCCUCGGACCGUACAUGCGCCAAUUUGAAAGUACAUCGAUAGAUGAGACACACCAGUCGUCCUUGGCAAUCGGAAACGAAGUUGUCACCUCCGGAGAAUGCUACAGGGAGUGCAGGGCAAACAAGGACCUCGCCUGCUCGUCGUUCUCCAUCUGCACUGCUUCCAAGAAGUGUGUCCUCAGCAGUCUGAACAUCAACGCCGGAACCAACAACCAUCCCGAUCAGAAAACCGCUAUCAAAGGAGGUUCCGCUGACUGUACCGUCUAUUCUGUGAAUUACUUGAGCGAGUUCGAUCGGCUUGACGGCAAGGUCCGCAAGAAGGGCAACUCUGUCGAAUCGAAGGCUAGUACCGCUGGCGAGUGCGCCAAAACCUGCCGUCAGGACCGAUUGGAUGGACUCAAGGAAUGCCGGAGCUUCGAUUUCUGCUCGAAGAACGGAAAGUGUUACUACUAUCCCACUCAUUUCAAAUGGGUUGGGGAGGACGAGGCCCUGAAGGACGACACUGGUUGCGACCACUACGCUCUGCGUUAUUCCGCUAGCUACACAGCAUCGAGCAAGGGAAGUUUUCCCGGGAAGCCCUCACGGAAAGUCGAGGGAGUCGACUUCGAGGAAUGCGCAAAACGAUGUAGCGAGCAUUCUAACAACGAAUGCCAAACAAUCUCUUAUUGUGACUCUGACUUGCCGAACAAGCAAAAACAAGCCUGCUACAUGUACGCUGAAACGAUUGGGAACCUCGGUGCCAGCGAUCGGGAGCACAGCUGCACGGUUUACACGAAGGACGAAUCUCUCGUGAACGAAAUCAUCAACCCGAAUCGUCAGUUCGACGCGGAAAAAGGGUUCUACAUGCUCGGCAUGGGAAAUGGAGCAUUCGCUGUCCUUCUCAUUGCGAUGUUGGUCAUCGGUGCCGUUCUGGGAGCAACAGGCUACCUCCAGCGUGACAGGAUCCUGGCUCUUAUGGGGAGAUCAGACUCGAGCAGUCCGUCUCGGGUGGAAACCUCAAUCGCAUACAGCCGACAAGAUGACGAUAAUAAUAGGAGCUCGGUAGCCUAAUUUUCAGUGGGAGGAGAUCUCCAACCAACGAAUGAUUGUACAUACAUUUUUUCGUGCGGAGUAUUGCAAGGGAAAUUCUGUUUUGGGCGUCCGUUCAAGCCGCGAGUUGGAGGACUGAAUAAAUGAGGGAUCGGA